UAUAACAAUUUAAAGGUAUGAAUAUUCACAUUUUCUCCUUUUUUUUCUCACAUGACACAACUUAUUUGACAAAAUAAGUUUAUCGUCCCUGAUUAACCCGUGAAAAGGUGUACAAUCAAUAACCGCCAUGACUACUGGAUAUUGAUUUACAUUAAUUCUAUUUGGAAUAAACAUGGGGAAAUAACAUUUAAAAUUUAUUGAUAAUUGAACACAACGGGACAGUAUGAGAUCCGAUUGCAAGAGAAUGUUUGAAAGUAAUAGACAAUAAUGGCUACUGCUACUGCAAUAAUUCCUUCGGAUGAAAAGGCCGACGGGUUACGGCUGUUAUCUUUGGUUAUCGAUGGGGGAACUACCGUUCUCAGAUACAGAUUUGAUCAAUGUAUUCCAACCAACGACCUACAGAACAAGCUGAACAACCCAACUGUGCGUGGAAAACUGAACAGUAUGAGAAAAGGCAAGGUUUUAACCACAGAACAGUGGAAAGUACUCUAUCCUAUGUAUGGGCAGCCUAAUUCUGCAGAUUUUGACAUUUCACUGCUCGCAUGUUUGUUGAGAUAUAUAUGUGGACUAGAUGAACAGUCGCCGAUGUGGACCUGUAUACCGCCCUCUUUUAACACUUCAGUGGAGGCGGAUAUAACGAGAUUGAGACAAUGCAGGAACGAGAUGUCACAUAUGAAGUCCACUCAUUUGACACAGCAGGAAUUUCAACAGAAAUGGGGCGAUAUGGAACAGAUUAUUUUACGUUUAGGCAAUGGGAUACCAGAUCUUUCUGAAAAUAUUCAAAGUCUUAAAGAAGAAAAUAUAGAUCCAGCGAAAGAACUACAACUUUUAGAGACAUUAAAAGAGUGGGAGGAAAGAGACAAGAUUCUAGCAAUUGAAAUGGAGAAAGUAAAUGUGAGAUUAGAUGAGAUGGGAAACGAAGUUGAUCAAAUUAAGGAUUCAGUAAUAGCACAGAACAAAAAAAAAACGGAGUCUGAAAACGAACUAAAAAAUCAAGGGCGUAUGCUGGAUAUUAUGGCGGCAAAAGAACUUGAUACAGAAAAUCGUAUGAGCACUCUAAACAUAGAAGUAUCUGAUCUUGGAAAUAAGAUAUCUUCUAUACAAGAAAAACAGAAUACAUUAGACCUAAAAGCGGAAGAAGGAAGAAAGAAUUUGACAGUUGAACAUGAAAAACUGUAUGAUCGUCUAGAUAAAACUGAAUCGAAAACAAAAGAGAUCGAGUCAGCUGUGCUUGAUAUCAAGUUAAAAGUAACGGAAGACAAAAAAUACAAGUACGAAGAUGUGUCAUCGAAUUGA